AUGUCUGAUUUGAUCCUUUAUUGUGAUUUUUAUAAAACCAGGAACUUAAACUCCAAUCGAGUAUCCCAAAACAAACCAGAAAUAACAAUGUCUGAAAUUACUCUAGGUCGCUACGUCUUUGAAAGAUUAAAGCAGGUCGAUGUUACCACUGUCUUCGGUCUGCCAGGUGACUUCAACCUGCGUCUGUUGGACGAGAUCUACGAGGUCGAGGGUAUGAGAUGGGCCGGUAACUGUAACGAGUUGAACGCUUCUUACGCUGCCGACGCUUACGCCAGAAUCAAGGGUAUGUCCUGUUUGAUCACCACCUUCGGUGUCGGUGAGUUGUCCGCUUUGAACGGUAUCGCCGGUUCUUACGCUGAGCACGUCGGUGUCUUGCACAUUGUCGGUGUCCCAUCCGUCUCCGCCCAGGCCAAGCAGCUAUUGUUGCACCACACCUUGGGUAACGGUGACUUCACUGUCUUCCACAGAAUGUCCGCCAACAUCUCUGAGACCACUGCUAUGAUCACUGAUCUAGCUACCGCCCCAUCUGAGAUCGACAGAUGUAUCAGAACCACCUACAUUAGACAGAGACCUGUUUACUUGGGUUUGCCAUCUAACUUCGUUGACCAGAUGGUCCCAGCCUCUCUAUUGGACACCCCAAUUGACUUGGCCUUGAAGCCAAACGACCAGCAGGCUGAGGAGGAGGUCAUCUCUACUUUGUUGGAGAUGAUCAAGGACGCUAAGAACCCAGUCAUCUUGGCUGACGCUUGCGCUUCCAGACACGAUGUCAAGGCUGAGACCAAGAAGUUGAUUGACAUCACUCAGUUCCCAUCUUUCGUCACCCCAAUGGGUAAGGGUUCCAUUGACGAGAAGCACCCAAGAUUCGGUGGUGUUUACGUCGGUACCUUGUCUUCCCCAGCUGUCAAGGAGGCCGUUGAGUCCGCUGACUUGGUUUUGUCCGUCGGUGCUUUGUUGUCUGACUUCAACACCGGUUCUUUCUCUUACUCUUACAAGACCAAGAACGUUGUUGAGUUCCACUCCGACCACAUCAAGAUUAGAAACGCCACCUUCCCAGGUGUCCAGAUGAAGUUCGUCUUGCAGAGCUUGUUGAACAAGGUCGGCGCCGUCGUCAAGGACUACAAGCCAGUCCCAGUCCCAGAGUUGCCAGCUCCAAACGCCGCUGUCGACCCAUCUACUCCAUUGAAGCAGCAAUGGUUGUGGAACCAGGUCGGUCAGUUCUUGCAGGAGGGUGACAUCGUCUUGACUGAGACCGGUACCUCCGCUUUCGGUAUCAACCAGACCCACUUCCCUAACAACACCUACGGUAUCUCCCAGGUCUUGUGGGGUUCCAUUGGUUAUGCCACCGGUGCUUGUUUGGGUGCCGUCAUGGCCGCCGAGGAGUUGGACAAGUCUAAGAGAGUUAUCUUGUUCACCGGUGAGGGUUCUUUGCAAUUGACCGCCCAGGAGAUCUCCACCAUGGUCAGAUGGAACUUGAAGCCAUACUUGUUCGUCUUGAACAACAAGGGUUACACCAUCGAGAAGUUGAUUCACGGUCCAACCGCUGAGUACAACGAGAUCCAGAACUGGAACCACUUGGACCUGUUGCCAACUUUCGGUGCUAAGGACUACGAGGCCAUCAGAGUUUCCACCACUGGUGAGUGGAACAAGUUGGCUGAGGACAAGGACUUCAACAAGAACUCUAAGAUCAGAUUGAUCGAGUUGAUGUUGCCAGUUAUGGACGCUCCAGAGUCUUUGGUCAAGCAGGCUCAAUUGACUGCUGCCACCAACGCCAAGUCCGCUUAA